AAGGAGAUGUUGUAAGGUGGGAUGUUUCUGUAGCACCAGGAGUCCCGGCGUGUCACCCACCUAAAAAGGGGGGAUUAGUGGGGUGAGAAGUGCCGGUGGGCUCAGGGCUUGAGGGAGCUCGGGAGAUGUGCUGAGCGAGCGGUAGAGGCCUCAGGACGGUCUCUUGAGAGCCCCCAGAAGUAGGUUUGGGUGCUGGUUGGGAGGGAGGAUGAAGGAAGCCUGCCGGAUCUGUGCCCGGGAGCUGUGCGGCAACCAGCGGCGAUGGAUCUUCCACACGGCAGCCAAGCUGAACCUCCAGGUGCUGCUCUCCCACGUCCUGGGCAGGGAGCUGUGCCGGGAUGGCAAAUCCGAGUUCGCUUGCAGCAAGUGUGCCUUCAUGCUGGACCGCAUCUACAGGUUCGACACUGUCAUCGCACGCAUCGAAGCCCUCUCCAUCGAGCGCCUGCAGAAACUGCUGCUGGAGAAAGACCGCCUCAAGUUCUGCAUUGCAAGCAUGUACCGCAGGAACAACGAAGACUCUAGCACAGAUGACAGAGCUGGGGAUGGGACUGUGGACCUUUCUAACCUGCCUGAUGUACGGUACGCUGCCCUCCUUCAGGAGGACUUUGCUUAUUCCGGGUAUGAAUAUUGGACGGAUCAAGAAGAGCACGGCUUGGAGCCACACAGCUGCCAUGCUUCAGAGGGAGUGAGUAACCGCCCGCGGCGCUGCCGUGGCUGUGCCGCGCUGCGGGUGGCUGAUGCCGACUAUGAAGCAAUUUGCAAAGUGCCGCGAAAGGUGGCCAGAAGCAUCUCCUGCGGGCUGUCCAGCCGGUGGUCAGCCAGCAUGGGCAACGAGGAGUCAUCCGUGUGUGACGUGGUGGAGUCUGCCAGCGCUAGAGUGGCUGUGGAGGGGGAGAGCAUGGAGGAAGGCACGCCUGCAUCCUCUGUUGAGUCCCUGGACACGACUGUGGAGGCAAGCCCUCUGCAGCAGAAGGACGAAGAUGCAGAUAAGGGGAUGAAAGGGAAUGGGAAAUGUGAUGAUUUCUCAGAUGACCGCAUGACCCCAAACUCUUUGCUGAGUGGGAACAGGCUGGAGCUGGCCCUCAGUUUGAUCAAGACUUUGGACUACAAACCCCUUCAGAGCCCCCGAGGCAGCAGGCUACCUAUUCCUGUGAAGUCCAGCUUGCCCCCUCCCAAGCUCAGCCGUGACUUGGCAGAUGGCAGCGCUUCUGCUGGCUUAGCAUGUGCUGGUUCUGCCUUCCUGAACGCAGACAGAAAAUCCUUUUCCAGAGCUCCUUUGGGUCUUUCCCUGGAGAUUUCUGAACUGCAGGAGCUGUGGGACGACCUCUGUGAGGAUUAUAUGCCGCUGCGGGUACAGAAUUUGCAGGAUGAACGUCAGCAGCCGGCUCCAGGUGACCCUGCAGCGGGGGAGCACAUGUCCAAUCUGUGUGCUGCAGAGCUGCAGGGCAAAAUCCAGCAGUUUGAAGCUGCCAACAAGUUGUUACAGGAAAAGCUGAAUGAAUUGAAUUUUGAAUUAAAAUCUCUCCAAGAAACAUCGCAGAAGCAAGAUCGUACAAUCCAGAGUCUGAAUGAGGCCCUGAAGAGCAAAGAGAGUAAGUCAGAAGAGCUGUACCAUAUCAUCGAAGGGCAGAAUGAGACAAUGGCCAAGCUGCGGGACAUGUUACACAGAAGCCAUCUGGGACAGUUGCAGAUGUCAGAGAGCCCACUCUCAUCCCAGGAGCAGCAAAUGUCACUGCUAGACCUUCAGAACACACUUUUCUGCACCAAGCUGGAGGUGCAGAAGCUGAAAAGAGCUCAGCGCCAGAAAGAGCAUCAACUGGCUGAAGCCAGGAGAGCAACCCAGCUCCUAGAGACCAUGGUGCGUGAAGAAGAGCAGCAGAAAGAGGCAACCUGGAAACACAACCAGGAGCUGCGUGCUGUGGUACAGCAGCUGCAGACAGAGCUGGAGGAAAAGGCUCAGCAGCUCCAGACUGUGGAGUGGGAGAAAUGCCGUGAGCUGCAGGCCCAGGAGCAGAGAGUUCAGCGUUUGAGUCAGCAUCUGGCUCGCAAGGAACAGCUUCUGCAGGAAUUGAGGGAGCUUCUGCAAUGCCAGCAAAGCUUGGACAAGAGCCCUGCAGCCAUGAAUGCCAUGUUAGAGAAACUGCAGCAGCGAGUCAGCGACAGGGAUGCUGCUCUGGAGCGAGCAGUAGAUGAGAAGUUCUGUGCCCUGGAGAAGAAGGAGCAAGAGCUGCAGCAGCUCCAUCUCUCAAUAAGGGAGCGUGGAAGUGACCUGGAGAGACUGCGCAGUGUCCUAUCCAGCAAUGAGGCCACCAUUCACAGCCUGGAGAGCCUCUUGAAAGCCAAAACCCUGGAACUAGAGCAGGUCUCAGCAACCUGCCAAAACCUCCGCUGGCUCAAGGAGGAGAUCGAGGCCAAAUCCUGCAGCAGGCAGAAGGAGCAGGAGGGAAUCAUCCAGCAGCUGCAGACCUGCCUGCAUGACAGGAACAAGGAAGUGGAGGAGCUUACAGCAACUCUACUGUGCAAGCUGGGCCCAGGACAGACUGAGGUAGCAGAGGAGCUGUGCUUGCGUCUCCAGCACAAGGAGAAAAUGCUGCAGGAUCUCCUCAGUGACAGGAACCAUCAGACCAUGGAGCAUGAUGCUGAAAUCCGGGAGCUGCUGCAGGCUGUGAGCACCAAGGAUCAGCAGAGCAGAGUGGCUGCUGAGAAGAUGGCGCAUGCUUUGGCUGAAAGGAGCUGUGAGUUACAACUCCUGCGCCAGCAUGUGCUGGGGAAGGAGCCUGUCGGGACCCAGUCGGCUGGUGCCAGGCUGUUGAAGCAAGACAAACAGCCCGUACAAGAAGUACUGCAAAGAGCUUGUGGAGCUACAGCCGUUGCCAGAUCCCCACAGGGGGACAGCAGCUGCAGGACAGAGGGAGUUAUGAUGUCAGCAGCAGAACUGGAGAAGGAUCUUGUUAAUGCCAAAGAGGAGCUGGAGCUAAUGGCAAAGAAGGAAAGGGAAAGCAGGCGGGAGCUCACUGCUCUCCAGUCUGUCGUGGCCACGCAGGAGGAAGAGCUGCAGGUGCAGGCCUCAGAUAUAGAGUCCUUGACCAGGACCAUCCAGAUGAAAGAGGACCUCAUCAAGGAUCUGCAGAUGCAGCUGGUGGAUCCUGAAGAAAUUCCAGCCGUGGAAAGGCUGACGCAAGAAGUGCUGGUGCUUCGGGAGAAAGUGGCCAUAGCAGAGUCACGAGGACAGGAGGCUACUGGAAACAGAAGGCAGCAGUUGUUACUGAUGCUGGAAGGGCUGGUGGCUGAAAGGAAUCGGUUAAAUGAGGCUCUCCAGGCAGAGAGGCAGCUCUACGGCAGCCUGGUAAAGUUUCACACGCACCCAGACAGCGCUGCGAGAGACCACACUCUGCAGGUGGAGCUGGAGGGGGUCCAGGAGCUCCGGGGACAGCUGGAAGAAGCCCUUGGAAGAAGCUUGGAGCGUUUGAGCAGGCUGGAGACGCAGGGCGCCAUAGGAGGUCAGGCCACAGGCACAGAUGCUGAUGAUGCCAGCACCAGCUUCACCGACAGCGUCAAGGAGGAGGCAGCCCACGGUGUGGCAACCCAGCACAGCAGCCCCCGGGCCCCUAAGGAAAGCGAGGGCACUGUAAGGACCCUGAUGGGCAGCAUGGCACCUGCCAUGCUGGAGCGGGAGCUGCAGGCAGAAAAGGAGCUGCGGGAGCUGAAGGCGCAGCUGGAGGAAGCCGGCUUCUCCUCUGUCUCCCACAUCAGGAAGGCGAUGCUGAGCCUGUGCCUGGAGAACGCGGAGCUGAAGGAGCGGAUGGGUGAAGCCACGUCGCUGCUGGAGAGUGGGGAGCAGGAAGAGGCUGGGCUGGGCAGCCCCCUGGCCCCUGAGCCCAGCAGGCUGCAGCGGAAGAGCCGCAGCACCCUUGGGGACCGCCCGGCCGGCAGCAGCGGGGAUGGCCAGGGGGUCCCGGUAGAGAGGGGAGCUGUGCCCGCCAAACGCCCAGCGCUGGAGGCACGAUCCCAGGAUGACAUGCCCAAGAGACCCUGCCCUGGCACCCUGGGCGGAGGGGAUGGGAGCCAUGCAGAGGGCACGGCCCCCGGCGGGGGCUGGCCAGGACUGGGCACAGAGCUGCGCUCCCAGGUGGUGCAGGGCCAAAGGCAGUGCCAGGAGCUGCAGGACAAGCUUGCUGCCUCAGAGGCCAUGGUGCGGGCACAAGCCGAGCAGCUGGAGAAGUACCACGUCCUGCUCCGUGAACCCCAUGCCCAGCAGCUCAGCAAGCAAGUGCAGGUGGACUUCCAGGACCUGGGCUAUGAGACGUGUGGGCGAAGUGAGACCGAGGCUGACCGGGAUGAGACCACCAGCCCCGAGUGCGAGGAGCCAGAUGUAUUCAGCGAGCCAAGCCUGCGUGAGGAGCUGAGGUCCCCGUGCCGGCCAGGGAUGCCCAAGGCAAGCAAGGCUGCCCGGAAAGCUGUGGCCCCAGCAGAUGUGGGAGCCUUGCACCAGCACAUCCAGGACCUCAAGGCACAGCUGCUCAAUGCCAACAAGGUGAUCCAGAGCCUGCAGCGUCGUGCCCGCUCCAUCUCCGUCACCAGUGGCUACACCUCGGGCGCCGAGCGGCCCCCGCCGGGUCCCACAACCCUGGCCUCCCCGGCCCACAGCCUCACCGACGAGGAUGAGGGCUGGCAGUCGGACGGCCACGGCACCCUCUGCCCGCCAGCCCUGCAGGCACACCGCGACCUGCAGCACUUGGUGCACCGCGUCGCCCUCCUCGAGGCACAGCUGCCCACAGCCAAGCCCGGAGGCCUUUUGCCCAAGGAGCUGCAAUCUGCCACUUGGCCGGGGAAGUAUGACUCGCUGAUCCAAGCGCAGGCUCGGGAGCUCUCCCACCUGCGGCAGACGCUGCGGGAGGGCCGUGGGGUGAGCCGCAGCCUGGCCCAGCACCUGCGUGAUGCCCUGCGGUCCUUUGAGGACCUCCUCCGUGGCACCGACAUCGACUACUACCUGGGCCAGGGCUUCCGGGAGCAGCUGGCCCAGGGCAGGCAGCUGGCCGAGAGGCUCAGCGACAAGCUGGGCACCAGAGAUCGACAAGAUGGGGAGGAUAAAACCAGCCAUGAACUCUUGGCACUGAGGCUCAGCCGGGAGCUCCAGGAGAAGGAGAAGGUGAUUGAGAGCCUGGAGGCAAAGCUGCAGGAGCGCUGUGAGUCCCCGGGCAGCAGCCACCCUCCUUCCGAGUCGUCCCGCUCUGCCACCAGCUCCUCCUUCGUGUCUGAGGGGCUGGAGCCCUGCUCCGACGGGGAUGCGGCCAGCGAGUGCAGCCAGUGCUGCGAGGAGCCUGCCCGACUCGCAGGCCUUCACUUUGACUCCUUGUCCAAACCCGUUAGUGCCCCCCUGCCUGCGCUGGCCCCUGGGCUGCCCCCCUUCCUGCCUGCUGGGCCCCCCCCUCCCACGGUCCCCCCACUCCUGGGCUGCUGCGGGACCCCCGUCUGCUCCCUGGCCGAGGCGCAGCAGGAACUGCACGUGCUCCGGAGGCAGCUGGGAGAAAGUGUGACGUUGCCUGUGGCUCCAGGAAAGCCCACAGCCCCGCUGGGCCCCUUUGGAGAGGGCAGCAAAGCCCCAGCAUCGCUCUGCCGACACAGUGCGCUGCAGAGCCUGGCUGACAUCCCGGGCACCACCGAGACCCACGCCCUCUGGGACGUACCCCCUCCCAGCCAGCCACUUUACGGGGCCCUGCCAUCGGGGUACCCCUCCAGCCAGAAGCUGACAGGGGCAGACCUGCUGGAGGAACACUUGGUGGAGAUCCGCAGCCUGCGCCAGCGCCUCGAGGAGUCCAUCUGCACCAACGACCGGCUCCGGGAGCAGCUUGAACGCCGCCUGGCCUCCACCGGCAAGGCCAGCGGAUUGCCCAGCGAUGUCUAUACCCAGUCGCCAGAGCCGGGGCUGCAGCUGAGUGGGGAGAACCAGGCUCUGCGCGAGGACAACCGGACCCUGCGGCUUCAGUGUGACCACCUCUCCCAAGAACUGGCGCGGGUGCAGGAGGCGCUCCUGGCUGCCUGCUCCCGGGCACGGGAGGCUGAAGCAGAGCUGGGCCAGAGGCGUGGGGAACAGCGGAGGCUGGCGGAGGAGCUCGCCGAGCGCCAAGAGUGUGUCCGGCAGCUCCGGGAUGAGCGGCGCUCUCUGCAGGAGGACAACAACAAGCUGCAGCACACAGUGACACUCCUGCAGCAGCAGAGUGAGGAGCACCGCCUGCUCCUGCAGACCCUGCGUGCGGAGCUGCACGUCUACGAGAGCCUCCCCGGCCCCUCUGCCGAGACCCAUGCAGGGGCUCAGAUGCUUCUUGUUCCAGGCUGCUUCCUGUCUCCUCCGGUGCGGGAUGUUGGCACAAGUUCAGCAGCUCCCCUCUUCUCCCCGCUGCCCUCUGACACAUCGGUGGCCCAGCGGAUGGACGAGCCACGUGGGGCAGACCCACUGGUGAGGAAGAGUGAGGGACCGACGGGGCCUCAUGUCGUCGGUCGCCUGGACACCUACCGGGCCCUGGAGCAGCACAUCCUGGAGGGGAAGGCACUGGCCCGCGAGCUGAUGUGUCUCACACGCCCGGCGCUCAGGCUGCCCAACGGCCCGCUCCCGGGAAAGGAGGUAAAGUGUGGGCAGGACGGGGCUGGCGGCGGCUGGGGGCCAGACCCUCUGCGGACUAUGCAUAAAGCAGCUCCUGAGCCCAAUAUCAGCCCAGAGGCUUGCAGGGCUGGCAAGCAGCAGGUAGUCUCCAGCCUGGGGGCUGUUGCCGGCACUGCCCUGCCAUGUUGGGCUGGGCACGGCGAGCCUCCGGGUGCAGUGGGAUGCAGGUGCCCCGGCAGCACCCGCUCCCGCACCCUUCUUCCGCAGGCCCUGGGCUGGUCAGGCACGGGGCACCUCUGGGGCAGCGCCAGCACCCUGCACCGCGUCCUGGAGGAGUGCGCAUCUCUCCUCGUUGCCUUCUGGAGCACCGUGCUGCCCGUCAGUCCUGCCCAGCACCAGGGCAAGGAGCAGGCGCUACAGGGCGAGAUCGCAGCGCUGCGGGCCCAGCUCUCCGAGAGGGAGGAUGCUCUGCAGAGCACGGCCGAGCGGCUGCGCAGCACAACCCAGCUCAAGGACAGCAUGGAGCAGUUCAUCGUGAGCCACCUGACCAGGACCCACAACGUGCUGCGCAAGGCCAGGACGAACCUGGAGGUGAAGGCCCAGCAGGCUCUGCCCGUCGCGUGAGCCCCAGGCAAGGCAGGGAGCGAUGCCUGCGGCCACGGAACAGCCCGCUGGCUGCUGAGCCAUGUCACACCAGAGGGCUGGAGCGGACCCUGUCCCUGCUCCUGCCGAGGGCUGGGGCGGACAGGGGUCUGGAGGGCCCAGUGCUGCACAGUUAGUGGGUUUGGGCUUCCGUGGUGGUUGUGUGCCCUCUUGCCCGCCUUCGCUUGGCAUCACAGCAGCAGCUGCUGGCUUGGGCUUUGCUUGCCCCGUGCUUCAGCGCUCGCCCCCCUUCCACCCACGGUGCUCAGAGUGGGGCCUCGCAGCCCUCCACACCAAGCACCUCUCGCCCUGGGACUUGGUCCCGUGUGUAACCCUGCUGCAUACCCGUCCCUGCUCAUGGAUGUAUGUAUAUGUAUAUAGAUAGAGGUAUUGGAGCUGCGUUUUGGGGGCUCCUUGGGCAUGUCGGGGCCCCAGCACGGGAGGAAGAUGUAAGAAAUGCCAUGUUCUGUUCAGUGGCUGGAGAGUCCCCAAUAAAGGUUUCCUUUGGGUUGU